AGUUUUUCAGAGGGUGGUAUGGCUUUAAGAGUUUACUACCAUCACUGCACUCACUCACUCACUCACUCACUUACUCACACAACAGAAAGUUUGGGGGCCAGGCGAACGGUGGGAUACCGACGGAUAGGAAGUGACGGGACUGCAUGAAUUGAAAAAAAAAAAAAAAAAAAAACGAACUAGAGUCGGGAAUAUCAACACAAAGCAGAAUGAGAAGCAACGUGCGAUCAUCAGACUGUCGGCCGUAGCGCUGGAGGGGGGAGGCUGAAAUGCGCAUGAUCUCAACAACGCCGGAGUGAGAGAUACUUUUUUUAGUGGAAGCGAACUAACGAUAGGCUCACACAAGUGAAAAGCAGAGAUUUUUUAGUAAAAACCUUUUGCGUCUGAUCUUCCCAUGACCGGGCUUGUAAUCUUGGAAACUGCAGGCACACCGGGAGAAACCCCACUUUGAAAAUGAAGGAAAAUACUUAAAGUUGAUAAAAAAUCUAAGAUCAUAGUAAGGGGGAUAUGAACGCAGAUCUUUGGAUUUCGACUCGUUUUUUCACCUCCGUCGGGUUCAGUUUUGCGUCUUAGGGGAUGUUUGCGAGUUGCGUCUCUGCGGCUCCGGUUCGGAUACUGACCCGUCUGUGCGCACUGGUGCUGGUCGUCGCGGUGGGACUUGGUUCGGAGCUGCGGGUUCGGGUCCGGCUCAUCGACGGACUGGUGACCGAGGAGGUUCUGGAGGCGGACAGUGAGAGGGACUCGAUAUCGCUGGAAUUCAAGCAGGGAGAUGGGACACUCAUCACGUUUGUGGCGGACUUCAAACAGGAUGUUAAGAUAUUCCGAGCGUUGAUCCUGGGCGAGCUGGAAAGAGGGCAGAACCAGUACCAGGCCCUGUGCUUCAUCUCCCGCCUCAGCCGCAAUGAGAUCAUCCCGAGCGAGUCCAUGGCCCGUCUCAGACAGAAAAAUCCUCAGGCCAUUCGCUUGGCGGAGGAGCGGAGAGGAUUGGAGCAGCUGGAGAUGAGCGCCGCAGUCAAUCUAAGUCAGGCCUCACAACUCAGCUCCCACAUUCACAACAUGUGCAGUGAGGCCCGGGAGGCCAUCUACACCAGGGAGUCCGAUGUCAGACACUGGCUGGACAAAGGAGUGGAUGGCUCCUUAUUUGAGGUCCUGCCCCAAACAACAGAGAUGCCCAGCUUUCAGGCCUGUCACUCUACUAAAGACUUGUGGCAGCCCUGUCUCUGCACAUACAGCCUGCGUCUGGAGUGGUACCCAUGUAUGCUGAAGUACUGCCGCAGCCGGGACACCACGGGCAAAGGCUCGACCUACAAGUGUGGCAUAAAGAGCUGCAGCAAGGGCUACCAUUUUACUUACUAUGUUCCGCAAAAACAGCUGUGUCUAUGGGACGAAGAGACCUAGCAUUUAGUUCUGGACGGUUUAUAAAAGAGAAAUGCUUUGUUUUCUCCCAGCCAAACCAAUGCUUCCCCGCCCAAGCCUUUCAAAGUAAACACAGUAACACUGGACUUCGGUUUAUGUGACAUGAAGUUAAACUGUCUCAGGUUGGGAGAGGGGGU